CUAUUUCAAUUUCAGAGCCGUUGAUUUGAGAAGGAACAGAGAUUUAUUCUCACACAGACGUUCAUUUCGAGAAAUUAUUCUGUAAAACGAAGGGAGUUUCUGAAAGAUUUACUGUGCAGAGCAAUAAUUCUUACUUGAGCCAAGCGAAAAUGGCGACACCGGCUUCUCGGAUGCUCCAAGAUCAAAAUCUGAAUAUCGCCACCCAUGGAGGGGGCCUUGGUGGGAGAAAAGCUCUUAUGGACAUAUCCAACUCAAGGAAACCUUUGACUAACCGUGCCGUCAAAAAAGACACUUCAACCAAUAUCUUUUCAGCUGGGAACGAUACUUUCAAACCUAAAUCAACCAAGGCACCUGAGAAAAGAAAAGCUGGUGGUAGGAAAGCACUUGCUGAUCUUACAAACUCAGCCAAGCCGAGUCUUGGCCGAAAGGCGAAUGCUGCUGCAGAGAGAAACAUUCCCAGUUGUAUGGCAGAGGAAGGUUUCUUGCACAAUCAUCAGGAGUGCAUUGCUGCUCGGACGAAGCCUAUGGAUGUAGACCACUUUUUUAAGUUAACAGGGCUUCAUCACGAUUUUGUGCCUAAUAGGGCAAUCCCGGUAACCCCUAAGAAGCUCGACAAGCAUUCGGAGAUCGAGGACAUGCUGGAUUCUGAGGUUCACGGCGGCUCGCCUUGGUUUCAAUCUGUGAAGUCGCCAAAGUCUCCUCCUCGUCCAUACAUGAGUUUUGAGGAUGAUGAGGAAUUUUCUGAUUUGAAGAUCAUCGACUCACCACCACCCAAGGUCAUUUAGCUAGCCCUAAAUGUUGUUUUUUUUAAGUUUGUUUGUUAGUUAGUAUUAUAUAUAAUGUGAUAUUUUGAAAUAGGGUGGAUUGCCAUUAGUUGAUAUUACAUCCUUCCUAUUUGUUUGGUUUA